CGAACAUUCGUUCCUGGAAAGACAAAUUUGCGCCACGUCCUUGUAUACAACCUGGGAAACGCGCACGGCGCUCGCCACGUCGAGUUGGUGACUGCGACCAUCUUCGCGUGUAUCCGAUCAUCUGUAGCCCUGGAGUGUUCUGAAGCAGUCGUCGUCACAGCCAGUGGCGCGCGUACUCUCUUCGUCGGCCCUUUGUCCCCUUGGGCUUUUCCAACUGACUGUAUAUACAAACCCUGGUCCUGACCAUUUCCAACGUUCGUUUGGUCUUCUUACCAACGGCGAUUGCUCUAGUCCCUCCUCCCUUUGCGCCGUCGUUGCACCUUCACUGAUCACGACUUCUUUCCAACAUUCCAUCUCAUCCGCGACAUUGGAGAAUUUCUUCCUAGCCGGCGCUUGUGCACGAUGCUCCCUUCUCUAGCAUGGACCGGUAUAGCUAUCGCAGCUUAUGGAGUGCCCGCGGUGGCCGCAGCUGCUGUCACCAUCGAUCUGACUGCGAGGCAAACAUUGACCUCGUUUGGUGCUGCAGGUGCUUGGUGGCCAAAUGAUCUAGCCAAUUUUCCCGUCGAGAAACAAGCUGAGCUCGCGGACAUUCUCUUCUCACCGAGCGGCAUCUGGCUUUCCUCCUACCGCUACAAUCUUGGCUCGAAUGGCGGUAGUGACACUCACGACUGCUACCAACCCUAUAGGAAUAUCCAAUCACCCGCGCUGACCAAUGGCACAUACGAUUUCUCUCGAGACCCAGCAGGCCGACGUUUUCUCGAGUAUGCGGCAAACCAUUCUGUUCCAUCUAUCACUUUCUUCCUCAACUCAGCGCCAAGCUUUAUCGCUUCGAACCAGCGAUCAUUCGGAUGGGAUUUCACGGCCAAUGCUACCGAAGCUUUUGCCGACUACAUCGCCAAAGUCUUGUCGCAUUACACAGAUCAGGGUAUCAAGAUCAGCCAUGUCUCGCCAAUGAAUGAACCCGAUUAUUUGCACCCUGCUGGCGAUCAAGAAGGCAUGACCGUUGGUCCGGAGAAGCGCGCCUACAUAUUCGAGGCGAUCAAGCGGAAGCUUUCCACGACAUCAGCCAAGAAUGUCGGUGUCAUCGGAGAUGAGACCAGUCAAGUGAACCAAGCCCGGAACACGUGGUCGCAAUGGUUGCCGAACUCCACCGAGACAGUUGCCGGCCUUGCACUCCAUAACUAUGAUUUCCCUCUUGACAGCGACCUUCGAGCACUGUGGACCGACAUCCAGAGUCUGACCAAGGGCAAAACUUCACCACCGGUCAAGUUCACUGAGGCUUGUUGUGCUACGUCGGCCGGAACUGGUCAGGCAGUCUUUGGCUCCCAGUACGAUCCCGGGAUGACCAAUACAUUAAUUGUCGCCCGUCAAGUCUGGCAGUACCUGACGAUCCUGCAAGCUGAGAGUUUCGACUGGUGGACAGCAGUGUCAUCUCUACCAUGUUCGCCCUCCGUGUUUGGCGACACAUGCUACAAAUCCUUCAACGCGUCCAGCGGCUUCAAUGAUGCCCUCGUCUAUAUCGACGGCGACUACAAUCGCACAGGAGAUUACAAUUUCUACACUACGAAGCGCACCUUCCUGCUGAAACACCUGGCCACAUUCCAUCGCCCAGGCUCCGUGCGCCACGACGUUGACCACACCAAUCUGCCCGACGGUGUCUUCGCCAUUGCAAGCAAAGGCCCUCGUCCCGCCACACAGACGUCCACGUUGGGCAAGGAUGGAUACUGGAACAUUAUGUUCAUGAACAAUGGAACCACGCCACAGACCAUCCAACUGCAGGUGCCCGACAAAGCUAACAUCCUGACUCAAAUCGUGGAGACGACACCGUCCGACGACUGGCGUACGGUGCCGAUCAUUCCCAACGUUCUCUACUUCGGAACAAUCACCGUCACACUUCCAGCGCAAAGCAUACGGACGGUUCGAUUUGCGAAGGGUAUCUGAGGUAUCUGUACAAAAGUUUUCAAUUUGAAUAUUGACAAUCCAAUUGAAAUAUAUUGUGACCACAAUUGAAAAGCAACAUUAAUGGUAGAAAAUAAUUGAUUCACGAUG